GAAGGCUGCAUGGUGGUUUCAGAAACUGCCUACUUAAUUUGAAAAUAACAAUGGUAGGAAAGGCUAGAUCUUCCAAUUUUACCUUAUCUGAAAAGCUUGAUUUGCUAAAGCUUGUGAAGCCAUAUGUUAAAAUUCUCGAAGAACACACUAAUAAACAUUCAGUAAUAGUGGAAAAGAAUAGAUGUUGGGAUAUCAUAGCAGUUAACUAUAAUGCAAUUGGAGUAGACCGUCCUCCUCGAACAGCGCAGGGCCUACGCACCCUUUACAAAAGGCUCAAAGAAUAUGCCAAACAGGAGCUAUUGCAGCAAAAAGAGACCCAAUCAGAUUUUAAAAGCAAUAUUUCUGAGCCAACCAAGAAAGUUAUGGAGAUGAUUCCCCAGAUUUCCAGUUUUUGCCUGGUAAGAGACAGGAACCACAUACAAAGUGCAAACUUGGAUGAGGAAGCACAGGCUGGUACAAGUUCACUUCAGGUAAUGUUGGAUCACCGUCCAGUUGCUAUUACAGUGGAGGUGAAGCAAGAAGAAGACAUUCAUUCAGCUCCUAAGGAAAUAACAGUGUCUAAGGGACAAGAAGAGGAACCUGCUAGCUUAGUUAAAUAUUUCAGUGUUGUUUGGUGUAAAGCUUCAAAGAAAAAACACAAAAAGUGGGAAGGUGAUGCUAUUCUUAUUGUAAAAGGAAAGUCAUUUACAUUAAAGAAUUUGGACGGCAAAGACAUUGGAAGAGGCAUUGGAUACAAAUUCAAAGAGCUUGAAAAGAUCGAAGAGGGUCAAACAAUGAUGAUUGGUGGAAAAGAAAUAGAAGUCAUGGGUGUAAUUUCUCCAGAUGAUUUCAGCAGUGGGAGAUGUUUUCAACUUGGAGGAAAAAGUCCUGCCAUCUCAAGUUUUUCUCAGACUAUCAAGAAGUGUUUCUCUAACCCUUUAAAAAGUGUCUGUAAACCAAGUUCAAAGGAAAAUAGACAGAAUAGUUUCCAAAAUUGCAAACCACGCCAUGAUCCAUAUGCACCAAAUUCCCUUGUUAUGCUACGACCAGACGAUAAUCACCAGUGGAUGUUCAAUAAGAACUGUUUUGCUAUUGUGGAUGUAGUGAUAGAUCCUCACCUUGUACGUCAUCUUCGACCACAUCAGAAAGAAGGAAUCAUAUUCCUUUAUGAAUGUGUGAUGGGAAUGAGAGUGAAUGGCAGAUGUGGAGCUAUUCUUGCUGAUGAAAUGGGUUUAGGGAAAACAUUGCAAUGUAUUUCGCUCAUCUGGACUCUCCAGUGUCAGGGACCCUAUGGAGGCAAGCCGGUAAUAAAGAAGACACUUAUUGUCACACCUGGAAGCUUGGUGAAUAAUUGGAGGAAAGAAUUUCAAAAAUGGCUAGGAAGUGAAAGGAUCAAGAUAUUUACUGUUGAUCAGGACCACAAAAUAGAAGAAUUCACCAAAUCUUCAUUUUAUUCUGUUCUUAUCAUCAGUUAUGAAAUGUUACUUCGUUCCCUGGAUCAAAUUAAGAAUAUAAAAUUUGAUCUUCUAAUCUGUGAUGAAGGCCAUCGUUUGAAGAACAGUGCCAUUAAGACAACUACAGCCCUCAUUAGCCUCUCUUGUGAGAAAAGAAUAAUUCUAACUGGUACUCCAAUUCAGAAUGAUCUCCAAGAAUUUUUUGCAUUAAUUGAUUUUGUAAAUCCAGGAAUAUUAGGCUCUUUGUCAUCUUAUAGAAAAAUAUAUGAAGAACCCAUCAUUAUAUCCAGACAACCUUCUGCUUCUGAGGAAGAAAAGGAGUUAGGAGAGAGAAGAGCAGCUGAACUUACUUGCCUCACUGGACUCUUUAUCCUUAGAAGAACCCAAGAAGUCGUAAAUAAAUAUCUUCCACCUAAAAUAGAGAACGUCGUCUUCUGCCGACCAGGAACACUACAGAUUGCACUGUAUCGAAAGCUGUUGAAUUCUCAGGCUGUCAGGUUCUGUCUUCAAGGGUUGUUGGAAAAUAGUCCUCAUCUAAUAUGUAUUGGAGCUCUUAAAAAACUAUGCAAUCACCCCUGCCUUUUGUUCAGCUCUAUAAAGGAAAAAGAAUGCAGCUCAACUUGGGAUAAAAAUGAAGAGAGAAGUCUAUAUGAAGGCUUGAUAAAUGUGUUCCCUGCUGAUUACAACCCACUCAUGUUUACUGAGGAAGAGUCAGGAAAACUACAGGUGCUGUCAAAGCUCUUAUCAGUUAUCCACGAACUUCGUCCUACUGAAAAGGUGGUGUUGGUAUCUAACUACACACAAACCUUGAAUAUUUUACAAGAAGUAUGCAAGCGUCAUGGCUAUGCUUAUACAAGACUCGAUGGACAAACACCAAUCUCUCAAAGGCAGCAAAUUGUUGAUGGCUUUAAUAGUAAAUACUCUUCUGAUUUUAUUUUUUUGUUGAGUUCAAAAGCUGGUGGUGUAGGACUUAACCUUAUUGGAGGAUCUCACUUAAUUCUCUAUGACAUUGAUUGGAAUCCAGCCACUGAUAUCCAGGCAAUGUCUAGAGUGUGGAGAGAUGGCCAGAAACAUCCUGUACAUAUUUACAGACUUCUAACCACAGGUACAAUAGAAGAAAAGAUCUAUCAAAGGCAGAUCAGUAAGCAAGGUCUUUCUGGGGCAGUUGUAGACCUAACCAAGACAUCUGAACAUAUUCAGUUUUCAGUAGAGGAACUUAAAAAUUUGUUCACAUUACAUGAAAGUUCACGUUGUGUUACUCAUGACCUGCUUGACUGUGAAUGUACAGGAGAAAAAGAUCAUACAGGUGAUUCCUUGGAAAAAUUCUCUGUCUCUAGAAAUUGUCAGCUUGGUCCACAUCAACAGAAGUCUGACUCCCUGAAACCCCUCUCCAUGUCACAGCUGAAGCAGUGGAAGCAUUUUUCUGGAGACCAUUUAAAUCUUACAGAUCCUUUUCUUGAAAGAAUAAGAGAAAAUGUGUCAUUCUUUUUUCAGAAUAUAACCAAUCAAACUACUGCUAUGUAAUGAAAGAUUACUUUAUGACAUUCCCUUGCUCUCCUUUAAAAAAAAUU